AUGUGCUCCAAGCGAUGUUGCAGUUUCUGCUGCGCAAUCCUUGCCGUGUUGGUGGCUGCUCUGGUGAUGAAGUUCCAGCAGAUGAAGCCAAGGACCGGCUUUGAAGGAGAGCUAGUGUUGAUAAUCACGAGCAUGGACAACUUCCGGAAAGAAAAGGCGGAUGCCAAUUGGUCUACAGCCAUUGAGUCCCUUCAUAAGCAGGGAAGGGAGCCCGUCAUGCUCGUGCUCGGACCGAACACCCUCGCCGAGGAUGCUGCGGAGUUCCGGCUCCUGGCAAAGGCUUCGGCCAAGCUUUUCCUAGUUGAAGCGAACGAGCGCUUAAAUGGCAACCUCACUGCGAAUCUGCUUCAAUAUGGCCAUCCGCGACAGAACUUUGAGAUCAUCAAUGCUGCGAUGACAGAUCAGCCAUCAGGCAAUUUGACCUUCUACCUCGUGGAUGAUGGGAAGCAGACGGAGUCGAGCCUGGAAAACUACUUCGGCUCCAGUGUGGCCGUCUCGGUCCGGUCCCUGACACCCAAAAACCUCCUUGAGGAGCUCGGCAGCCCAAGCGUCGACAUCCUCCACACAGACCUUGAGGGCUACGACCUCCGAAUCUUGUGGGAGUUCUUUCAUGAAGAGUCUUUUGCCCCUGAGAUCGUGAAGUUUGAGUGGCUCUUCGCGGCCCAGCAUAAGGGACCCGGACCCUAUGAGAUGAUGCCCAUGCUAAACAUGCUGUCGUCAAGAGGUUACGACCUGCAUCAAGAUGCCUAUGACAUGAUCGCCAUCCGGCGAGACCUACUUUUCGGAGAGGUUUAG